AUGUUGCGGGUUGUGGUAGAAUCUGCUAAAGGUAUACCAAAAACUAAACUUGGAAGUACUCCGGAUCCCGUAACAUCUAUUAUUUUUAAAGGUAAGCAAGUGCACUUACUUUUUAUGUCCCAGAGAUUAUCUUUCUGUAUCUUGAUCCACAACUCUUAUGGGCUACUCCAUCUCAUUACAAAUAGGAAUGUCAUAACGUUUUCUUUUUUUGCAUUAAUUGAGAAAGAACAAAGGUUGUGAGAUGCAGAAUGAUAAUAGUGUAACCUAUCGAUUGGUUAAAUCAGGAUGUACUCCUUUAUAGUAGGCAAAAACUUUUCAUUGGACCUAAACUGAUGAAUGUAUCAAUUCAAUAUUACCUGAGUUAUAUUGACUGCAUUGGCAUUAUUUUACCCAGUAAAAGUUGCUAAGAAUUUAAUACUUUCGUAGCAACUGUAAAAUGUGACUGAAAUAAGUGAAACAAAAAAAACUUUAUUUUCAGAUGAAAAGAAGAAAACCAAAUCAGUUGACAGUGAAGUAAACCCAGUUUGGAAUGAAGUAAGUACUUUCUGUUCAAACAGAGUAUUUGUCUUUGGGAAAGUUGUAUUGCCAAAGCAAGACUAGAUAUGCUCAAAAUAGCUACAACCCUGAUAGUACUAAUGUAGGCUUCUGUAUAAUAUUGUCAUUGCCUGCUCUCUAAUAGGCGUAAUAAUAUCAUUUGUGUGUACCUCAAACACCUUGGCAGUGGCAGUGCCCCUGAUUGAUAAGUAAUAAAUGUCAUGUUUGAUUACAGGUCCUUGAGUUUGAUUUGAAGGGCUCUGCGCUUGAUUCCUCAUCUUACAUUGAUGUGAUUGUGAAAGACUAUGAAACUAUUGGAAAAGAUAAGUAAGUGGCGCACACAUACAACUCAUCCUCAACACACCAGGGGUGUAAUCAUUAGUCCAAACAUUCCGUUUUGCAACUAAAACAAGAGUUUCUAUUGGACAAAUUCAGGUAAGACCCUCACUGUUCCGUUUGCUUCCAUUUAAGAAAUGUUUUGCAACAGAAUAGGGGUAAUAAAUACGCCCCUGCACUAAUAGGGGGAUUUGGGAGAGGGAGAAACCCAGCUUGCUCCACCUCAAUAAAACAGAGCAGAGACAUCCUCUAAAUGAAGUUGCAGAGAGCUACCUAGUCUGCAAUGUGAUUACAAGUGGUGGUAGGACGUCUACAGGACUUCUACGACUACUACAAGAUCUCUUAAUCAGUUCAAUAUUACUGAAGGUAUACUGUAGAUUAAACCAACCUCCUGCAAAUUAACCCCCAAAGGGAAAGGGUCAACUGCAGUCUCGAAACAGUUCGACAGAGCUACAUAAUGACAGAAACAGAUCAGGGCUUGUAGCAUGGCAUACGAUUCAAUUCCCAAUAUCUACUGAGAGUACUACAAUGCAUUCUAGGGAUAAUGUUCAUGGAAAAGUAAGUUAGCGUAGCCACUCUUUCAGGAGACCUCAUUGUUGGCGCAACAUGUAGCUCCCACAUCCUACUUGCCAUGCUCAGACUUCCAUGCAGUGAGUGGGAGAGGUGAUCCGUCUUAGGCAACAAUGAAUGAAUCCCUGUUUGUUCUGUUGGGAUGAGCUGUAUGGCACUUGCUGAUAGGGGAAGAUUGUAUUCAGUUAGGACGAAAAAGUCGGGAGAGUUCAGGCCACUAAGUAUAGACCAAAGUUAAAAUGUUGUGGUGUCUGUCUAGUAUUUUCCAUUCACAGAGGAAAAGACAGAGGAAAAGAAAUAUGGUAACAAUCUGGAGACAUAACUACAGAAAAAGUUUCCACGGUUUUGCCAAUUCAAAUCAUGAAAGCGUUGUAUGUUAUGAAGACAACACAUACAGAAUGUCUAUGUUUUAGUGAGAUUAAUUCAGUAAAAUGAUAAUGUCUGUGAAUCCUGUGUAUGUAACAUUUGAAAUCAGAUGUAUGAUUUUCCAGUUUUGUCAGUUAUAUGCAUGCGUCAGUGCAGGCCAUGUGAUGUGAGUAAAGCUUUCCAUUGAGUUAGCCUAAUCUGACACAUGUGGGGGCGUACAGGGACUCCUCUCUCACAUAGUUUUCCAGGGUCUGUUAUGGUACUUUGUAACCCUAGCAACUUGGGAGAGAAAAGUUUAAGCUUGUGAUUCUUGACUUAUUAGAUUUGGGCAGGAAUUCCUCAAAUGACCCAAAAAAACAACAUCCUCAGGUUUAUUAUCCUGCAUUCCAGAAGAUUAUCACUCUCCAGAGAAUUCAAGUUUCAGCCUCCUAGAUAGAAGUAGAAGUGAUCAGUCUGAACACUGCCUAGGAAAUGUAAUAUUCCCCAUGAGCAGAGUGACCAGUAAAGAUCAAUUGCAAAGUGUAAAAAUAUCAAUUACAUUAUUAACAAUAGCCACCUGGAUUUGUAAUAGUAUCCUGUCUGUAAAAACAUUCAUCAUGAUUGGAGGGUACAGGUGCAAAUCCUUGGAAGGGUUGUAACCAUUUGUUCAUACAUAGGUGAUGUAGUACAGCAAGUAAUAUCCUGGUAAGUUUUUCUCUCCAGAAUCCUGUCCUUUGUGGAUGGGUUUAACUGGGUGGGUUUGUUAACUCUGGGAGGAGGCCUCCCCUGUGCCUUUUAUCAUGGUGUCAUCACUUAGCACACAAAAGUGCCCACUCAUUCCCACAGAUCACAGUGAAAGCUAGCAAGUAAUAUAUGAGAAGAUGGCGUAAACUGAGGUUUUGUUUGAAACUGCUAGUGAGUCGGGUGAAGAUAAUAGCACAGAGAGUGAAAAUGAGUGGGUUACAGUGACGAAGAAGAAGUGAAUCAAGAAAAGGAAAGUUGUGGUGGAAACCCCUAGAUUCGUUUUUUUGUCAGAGUGAGGGUGUUGGAUCAAUGAUACCUGGGAAAUCCGUUUAACAUCUUGAGGAAAAUCUGGAAUGUGUUGGAGGAAAGUGUAGAGUUGGUGAGAGUCACAAGAAGUGGUCAAAAAUAUAUAGAUGUGGAAUAUCAAUGGGGUGAUUUCUGGGGUGGCGCAAGAAGUAAAGGCAGAUGAUAUAACUGAAGACAUUGAUGGAGUGGUUGGUGCACGUCGACUGAUCCGUAUGGUGGAUGGAGAAAAUAAAUUCACUUUCUCCAUACUACUGUUCUUUGAAGAGUCUCUCCCAUCUCAUAUACAGUUAGGAUUCAUGAGAUACCCUGCAAGAGCUUUUGUGCACAAGCCCCUUAAGUGUCAUAAAUGCAAAAUAUUUGGUAAUGUGUCAAGUGUGUGCAGAAAGGAAGAGUCGUAUGCAAGAUGAAGUGAAAUGCUGCAAUUGCGGAGGCGAACAUGCGUCCAAAUUCCUGGAGCGCCCUGUUAGGGUGAUGGAGACCGAGGUGGCAAGAGUAAGGGGUGUUCAGCGUGUCUCCUAUCUGGAGGUGGUGAGAAGAGUGGAAGGAACGAGUGGUAGUAGAGCCACCACCACCAGUGAAGGUUUCUCAUCAACCCAGGGAUCGUGAAAUGUUACAUGUUAAAAAGGUGGACUUUGUAUUAUUUAUUGCAAAGUUCAUAAACUGUACAUCACAAGUGGAGAAUCAUUCAGAGAAAAUUGGAAUCAUUGUGAAUGCAGCUUAACGUUUCUUGGGUCUUCGUGAUUUCACAGCCGAGGCCUUGCAAGAAAUCCUGUCGGUGAAUGUUCCGCCCUCACAGGCCCCUUAGCCUGUGUAGGGAUGUAUUUUGGAAUGGACUGUGAUUGAAUAAGUGGGAUGGGUUUUGUUUGUUGACGAGUCUAUUUUUGUAUUUUGUGUGAUGUCAUUUUUCCCCCUUUGCCACAAUGGAUUUUUAUUUUCUUGUUGAAUACCCCGUCCAGUUGGUGGCGGUAAUGCACCAUUAAAAUUGGAUGCCAAACGCCAUCGAAGAAGAACAGAUCACAGUGCUCAAGAACUCUACUGAUAAGGAUAUUGCUGCAGUAUUUUCAUUUCUUACAUGCACCUGUAUUGUUAAUCAAAGAUUGAACUAUACAUUAUUAAAAGUAAUUUCAACCCUCACCUUUGUAUAGUAUGAAAGCUGUAUUUGUUUUUACAGCUAGCCAAAUCUGAAGUUUGCCUUUGUUUUGUAGGUUUCUAGGCUCUGCAAAAAUCUCACUGAAAGACCUUGCAACUGGUCAAGUCAAAUCCUCUCCAUAUAAAGAUGUGGCUCUUGUCAAUGAAAAGGGGCAGGCUAUUGGGGUAAGUUUUUUUUACUGAGGGGAUUCUAUUAAACUGGCCCUGGGUGCACCGGUCUAUGGCCCGUCAUGUGACCGGGCGUAGCCGGUGAGGGAGGCGUGCCCUGCUCAAAUCGAACAGCAAUCUGCGCCGCUUGGUUAUGUUGUCAACAAGGCAGUUCAGAAACAUACAACAUCUCUUUUUCAUAAAAUAUGUUCUAAUUAGUUUCAAUUGGGAAGGCAGAUAGUGUUUUUAUCAAAAGCAAUCACUCAUUACUCCACGUGCUUAACCUAUGUCACUUUUGUUUUGAGCAGACUUCGCCGGCGGCCAGAACGGGGCAGCCAGCUCAUGCCCCGGAGGCAGCCCGGUUCCAAAACGAAUGCAAUCACUUUUCACCCGGUGCAAACUACGCCUACCCAAGCGCCUGGGCCAUAUUAAUACAAUCCCCUCACUAGUUAAUAAUGGAGAGUGCAGCUACUCACCAGCUACCAAGGAUAUGGGAAAAACAAUCAUGCAAUCAGCUAAAAUUGAAACACCUGUUUUCCCUGUGAUCCCUAUUAUCCAAUUGUAAUUCUACAGUUAAUAGCAUAACUACAAUAACCACAUGAGCAUAACAAAUCUUGUGCAAUUUUCCAUUCUGUAUUUUGAUAUCAGCAUGUUUUGAUGAGAUGAUUGAUAUUGAUUCCACCAAUUAUUCACCUUCCAGGCCACGGUGAGCCUUUUGAUUCGCUAUGACCCUCCAGCCAAUGCCGCUCCAAAGCCAAAUGACCCACAGGAAGGAGAUACAGCAGGGGAUUCUGGUACGUCAUGUGGUCUGUAGUGCCACAGUAGCGUUUGUCGUUGGGAUCAUGGAGGACUUUUGUUUGCUCAGCCCAGUGGACGAAUACUUUGAUUGCCAAAAAGACUUUGAUUGUAAAAAAGAGCUGUCUGGUAUGCUUGUCUUAAUCAUCAAAAUAAGAAAGAAACAUCAGGGAGCAAUUAGCAUUUUUGCUUUGUUUAGCUGUCAACCAUGAAGUCCCAUUGACAGUGGCAGGAUUAUGAAAGGCCUAUGAGUUUAUUUGGAUUCUUGUAUUAGCUGUUACUUCAGCAACAACUAAUCUUUGGGCAGUUGAAUGUACCUUUAUAUCUGGUGACUGGUUGAGGUUGUGCUGUGUGUGUCUGCAGUAGAAGGUGGAGGUGAAGAGAAGGAUGAGGACUUUAUUGAUGGAGGACAGAGUGGCUGUGCAGGGGGAGUCCCCUCCCCUGGUCAGCCUGGGAACCCUAACCAAAGACUGGUCAGGAGUACCAGGAAACGGAACCGUCCCCUGGCCAAUAAACCCCAGGACUUUCAGGUGAAUUCUCCCAAAGCGGUUCUAACAUUAUAUCUAAACACAAUUGUCAUACUGCUUAACAACCCUGUUCUCAUUCUCAUCUCUUACCUUCAGAUCCGUGUCAGGAUCAUAGAGGCGCGACAGCUCCCUGGGAAUAACAUCAAACCUGUUGUGAAGGUGAAUGUUUGUGGACAGACUCACAGAACAAGGAUAAAGAGGGGAAACAAUCCCUUCUUUGAUGAGGUAAAGGCAGGCAUAUUGAUUUAACUUGAGUAAGUCCAUGUGUGCUUAUCAAAUUGAGAAAUGACUGCAGGACGUUUGUCCUGAAGUUUUAUGUGGCUUUGCCUUUCUCAUUAAACCACCCAGAUUAAUUUCUCUUUACAGAUGUUCUUUUACAAUGUCAACAUGUUACCAUUAGACCUAUUUGAUCAAUAUAUCAGCAUUCGGGUAAGUUGAACUCGAUGUUAGUAAUUUGGCACUAACUGAUUAACAUUCAGAUACUAUGUAUUGAAUUUCAUUCUCGCUCUAAUAUACCGUACUCUCCUUCUGUAGGUAUACGACUCCUUCUGUCUGAGAGCUGACAGUCUCAUGGGGGAGUUCAAGGUACUCCUCCCUUUCCUUCCACCUCUUAUUAAAACAUUCAAGGAUUAAUGACAUGAAAGAGUCCAACUUUACAUUCCAUUACUCGAUUUAUGUAUUUUAUCAGUCUGAGGUAUUUCCCAUCUUUCUUUGCUUCCCACAGGUUGAUGUCGGCUUUAUCUAUGAUGGACCAGGUAGGUUUGUGGAGGUGACUCUCUGUAUUUGCAAACACUGUGUCUGAUUUACAUUUGCUCAAUAGACGGGUUGGUUGUUUAGCACGGACUUGGCUUAGACUGUUAACAUGUAAACUGUAUUUAGUCUCAAUGUUUACUAAAAACAUAAAUACAUUUGCAAUAUGAGCACUUGUCUCUCAAAUACAUCGUUACAGUUCUUGGUUAGCUAGCAAACGGAUUUGAGCCAUAUUAGUAUAGACAUGACAUCAGUCAAAACACCUCAAAACAAGACAUGGUAUCAAUAACAAGAUGAAACAAGCCACCUACGAUUCCCCACAUGGCAGCUUCUUGUCAUUGUUGCUAGCUAUCUGACUUUUCAGAAUCAUAAAAACGCACACCUUCCGGCCACAUUGAUGUGUGCGCAUAAUUUUCAUGAUGACAACUCGUCUAUGAAGGUAAAUGUUGUGCCUGUGUGUCUCUGUCUGUCUCACAGCUCACACCAUAAUGAGGAAGUGGCUCCUUCUGAAUGACCCUGAUGACUGCAGCUUGGGGGCCAGGGGAUACCUCAAAGUCAGCAUGUUCAUAGUUGGGACGGGAGACGAACCACCGGUACAGUAAUACGUUCAGUAAUACAGCCUUUAGUUUGGGUUUACCUCUCGCAGUUCCUCAGUGUUUCCCAUAUAUGCAUUGAUGCGCCGCUGCUAAAUCGUGGCCUCCACUGCAAUUAAAAAUAAAUAUAUAAUAUAGAUGUAUAUGCCCCAGGAAGACCCCAUACACCCCCCCCCCCCCCCCCCUAUCAGAUUUGCAUGAAAAUAACGUCUGUCCCUAUCAUAGCAAAGUGUGACACCAGUGUGUGUUUGUGGCUUCUGCAGGUAGAGAAGAGGGACGUUACUGAUGACCAGGAUGACAUAGAGAGUAACCUGCUGAUGCCAGCAGGGGUCACUCUGCGAUUGGUCACCCUGUCGCUCAAAGUGUUCCGGGCCGAGGACAUUCCCCAGAGUACGCCACUCCUAUAUCUAAUGUUGUAGCUAUCAUGUUCUGCUGCUGAUGUUGUGAUUGACUUGUUAUGCUUUAAGGUUCUUCAGCCUAACUUUUAAGUGCUUGCUCUCUAUGCUGAAGAUAGGUGUGCAUCUGCGCUAGCUAUUCAUUUAGAAAAGUGUCUAAAUCUGGAUCUCUUGAAACGAUGUAAGAUUCAGAUUGAUGUAUUUACUUGCCUCUCAAACUAACUUAACCAGUGUGUUUAUUUCAUAGUGGAUGAUACCUUUGCCCAGUCAGUGAAGAAUAUGUUUGGAGGGGAUGGGAACAGGAAGAAUCUAGUGGAUCCUUUUGUAGAGGCUCGUUUCGCUGGCAAAAAGGUAUUCACAUUCCUCUCCACACAACUCAAAUCAAGGGGAGGUUUUGUUUAUUAUGGUUGUGCAGUGAAGUUGAUAUGUGAAUGUUUGUUGUAGCUGUGCACCCAAGUCAUUGAGAAGAAUGCCAACCCAGAAUGGAACCAAAUGCUGAAUCUUCAGGUCAAGGUAAAAAAUUAAAAUAAACGCACUUGUGCACUGGAUUUCUGCUUUGGAAAAUUGUGAUUCAAAACGAUGAUCUUACAAAAAUCUUUCUGCAGUUCCCUUCAAUGUGUGAACAAAUCAAACUGACCAUCUUUGAUUGGUAAGUCAACAGUAGCUCCUCUGCUGAACACUAAUGGUGGACAUAUGUAUCCAUUUAAAUCAUUUCAUUUGAGCUCUGGCAGUUUUGUCCCACCUCACUGUUUUAUAACAGUAUUCAGAUGCAUACUUUCUAAGGUCCUCAGUUUUUACACAAAUAGGGCCAGUAAUUUUUCCUGGUCACAUGGGUCAAAAAUACCUCAGGAAAACCGUUAUGUACAUAGUGUAUAGUCAGCCCCCUUAGAGUGCCUCCCUAGUGCGCUCUCUGCUCCCUGCCUGUAUCCAGAGUGUGGUCAGUCAGUUAUUUGGCCUGGGAGGAACUCGGCAAUACUAUAAGUCACAUUUCAACAGCCACUCCCUGUUCCAGGCUGGGAUCCUGUUGGCAGGGAAACACCACUGUAACCUUAGUCUGUUGCUAGUGGGAAAUCAGGGCAAGUCAAAGGUUAGGAAAACAGUGUGUCUCCUAAAUGGGAUGAAAGUGAAGUUCACGUUGUUGGUAGAUCAUUUAAUGUUGUGAUAUUACACUUCUUAUGCAGGGAUCGCUUGACUCGGAAUGACUCAAUUGGCACCACGUACUUGAAUCUGGCCAAAAUAGCAUCCUCUGGUGGCGAAAUUGAAGGUAUGGUUCGAUUGAGGUCUAUUACACUACACCACACUAUUUCUCUCUUUCACUAUCUGUAGCUCAAGUAUAUGAUUUCUAUGCCAUUUUCAUUGUAGCUUCUAGUAUAAUGGUGUUGCCUAAUUACAAUAUGUCCACUCACUUUGGUUGUUAAAUGAAUAGAUCUACACUAUUCAUCUCUAUACUCCAUUGUCACUGUCUAAUAUACAGAACAUGCAUUUUAUUUUCCCUUGGUAUAGACGAACAUGCGGGAUAUGGGUUCUCUCCAUCACUUGAAGGUUCAAUAGAUUCAUAGAUGUGUGAUGAAUUAUUAAAGUAUCAUCCAGUGCAUAAAUCUCUUAUUUUGGCCCAGUACCACUAACAAGUCAUGUCAAGGAUACUGCAAUUUGCAGUACUGUAUACAUCACAUUAGUAAAUUCUUCAGAUUGUAGCCCAGCAUGACGUUUCAAAGAAUUUAGAAUGGAGUUAAAAGAAAUGAGAAUGGAUCCAAUUUGACACAGAAUUUGACCCCAGACAAUGAUUACUGCACUGGAGUUACUUUGCGAAUGUGUGACUGCCAUGAUUUGUGCCCGGUCCAUUCAUUUCUGUAGCCCUUUGAGUACAAUAGCAUGAUAUUUGAGUGACGUGAACACAUAUCAUUUCAAAGUUCUCCUUCCUUGGUACUCAAAAGGUUACAGCAAACCAUCUUUCUUCCCCUAACCUUCCCGUCUAACCCUUCAUAUUCAGUUAUGGAAUUUUGUGAUUUUAAUAUCAUUUGCAUGCUUUGUUUGUGCUGUCACAGAGUUGCCUGCUCUCCUUUUUUUUUUGCCAAAGAUGGAGAGCAAGCUCAUGUGUUGCAUUUGACCGCAUAUGACCCCUGUGAGUUUGCCCGGGCAGAUACCCUAACUGUAGUUUUUGUAGAUUUGCUACCGCUGUGUUAACCAUUCCCCAUCCAAGACAUCAGCUUCUGACAUGCAGAACUAACUCCACAGCUCUGUGCAGCUCAUCAUUUAGACACAUUAGUAAAAAAAAAAAAAGCUAUUUCCUCUACAGGGAAGACUGGGGAGUCUGAGGUGGGUUUCCUGCCAGCCUUUGGGCCUUGCUAUGUCAACCUGUAUGGGAGUCCCAGAGAGUUCACUGGGCUUCCUGACCCUUACGAAGAGCUCAACUAUGGCAAGGUAGGUCCUGCAAGGGAAAUUAAUACAUCUCUAAGCUUGGAGAUGUUGACAGUUCUCUACAUUUGGACUUUAUAAACUAAUGUUGACAUUCAAAUGAUCUAUACUUUUCUUUUUGACAGGGUGAAGGGGUGGCCUAUCGAGGAAGAAUCCUGGUUGAGCUCUCAACUAAACUGGAAGGCAAAGCUGACAAGACUGUGGAUGUGAUCCCUAGUGAUGACAUCUUGGUGGCCCAGGUACAUUUACAUUUUUGUCAUUUAGCAGACACUCUUAUCCAGAGCGACUUACAAAUUGGGACACUGUAACCUACCUCCCAUUGGCUCUUGAUCAAUUUUACCUUACACUUUUCUCCUGCAGGUAUGUCCUGUUUUGGUGUAUAUGGCCAAAUAAACAAAAUACAUGCUACAUCUUUGAAUAAUAGUUAUUUGAAAUGUAAAUCAAUGAAUAUUUUUUUCAUCUAAACCAAACAAGUUUUAUCUUCUGAUCAGAAAUACCAGCGUAGGAGGAAGUACUGUCUGUGUGCCGUGUUCCACAGUGCCAGCAUGCUCCAGGAGCCUGGCGAACCAAUCCAGUUUGAGGUCAGCAUCGGCAACUAUGGCAACAAACUGGACACCACCUGUAAACCGCUGGCCUCCACUACCCAGUACAGCUGUGCUGUGUUUGAUGGUAAAGGCCUAAGCCACCUUAGAAAUUAAACUCAUCUGGUUAUUGGUACCUCUACAAGAGUAUGGGAAUUGGACUAAUUAGUUUAUUUUAAACAGGUAACCACUACUAUUACCUGCCCUGGGCUGACACCAAGCCAGUGGUUGUCAUCACAUCAUUCUGGGAGGACAUCAGUCACCGUUUGGAUGCAGUCAACAUCAUUCUGUACAUAUCUGAACGCCUGGUAAGAUAAUGUGUUAAAUGUUGUUUUUUGCCAUGGCAGAUUUAUUCAUAGUAUGAAAAUGUAUGCACACUACUAUAAGUUGAUCUGGAUAAGCGCGUCUGCUAAAUGACUAAAAUGUAAAUAGUAUUCUAAUAUUUAUACACUUUAUUAAUAUUAUUCAAAGAAUGUAUGAAUACAAUGUAACAUUUUAGUCUAUUGCUCCUUUCCUUUCAGCAAUCUAACAUCACUGCAAUGAAGACGGCCAUCUUGGCUAAAGCCUCUGACAACCGUCUGGCAGAGAUCUGGCUGAGGCUGGUCAGUCAGGUGAUCGAUGAUCUCGACAGGUAAAUGCUUCCUUGUUUAAUGGAUUUAGUUAGUAAACACUGGCAUAAUCUGUUUCAAAGAAUAACACCAUGCUGAUCUAGCUCAAAGACAGCAAUGAUAACUCUUAACCCAGUAUUUGUAUCUAACCCAAUCCCCAUCAUACCAGUUUCAAAGUUCCAGACCUGGAGGGCCAAUCCAACCUGACUGCCCUGGACAUCCAGAUCAAGAAGUUGCGUGACAGCGCCCUGCAGACCAUCAUGGAGGGGGCCAAGCGCAUGAGAGACGAGGCCACUGAGAUCAAGGACACCCUGGGGGACAUCGAGGGCUGGCUGGACAAACUGAAGCAGCUCGCUGAGGAGGUAGGUCAGAGGUCAAGCUGUUUGUCUGGGCAUGAUAUAUACUUUUGGUAAACUGCUAUCAAUAAUCAGAGAUUAUAAUGGCCGAAAAUUGUGGCUAUAGCCUCUUUUCACUUAAGUAUUUUCCAUGUACAAUGCCCUCUAAAUUACCUUUUGAAGGUAGUGAUACAGUUAUGUAGGGUUGUAUUAAAACUGGGGAUGUACAGUAAUUGACAUUGUGUGUACAUGUGUCCCUCCAGCCCCAGAACAGCAUGCCUGACGUGAUCAUCUGGAUGCUGAGGGGGGAGAAGAGAGUGGCGUACAGCCGCAUCCCAGCCCACCAGCUCCUCUACUCCACCUACAGCGAACAGGCCUGUGGACAGUUCUGCGGCAGGACCAGGACUAUCCUCAUGCAGUACCCAAUGGAUAAAAACAAGGGUCUGAAGGUUCCAGUCCAGAUCAGAGUCAACAUGUGGCUGGGCCUGUCUGCACACGAGAAGAAGUUCAACACUUUCUCUGAGGGGACAUUCAGUGUGUUUGCUGAAUUGGUAUGGUUCUAUGAAAAUGACUCACUUUUGAUUGUUGAACUUAAUAGAAAUGGAGAAGAGUGUUGUAUAAAGUGUUUUUCCCCUUUGGCAGUAUGAGAAUCAGGCCUGCAUGCUGGGAAAGUGGGGAACUACGGGUCUGGGUUUACGCUACAAGUAUUCUGACAUGACUGGCAAACUGAAGCUGAAACGGGAGUACUUCAUGCCCCCGCGAGGCUGGGAGUGGGAGGGAGAAUGGUUCAUUGACCCAGAGAAGGGGUAAGACGCAUGUUUGUUUUUUUACAGUGGUGAAAUUUCAGGAAUCUGCCCUCUUUAUCACAAUCAAAGGAAAUCAGAGUCAUGUUCAUCAGACCGGGCACACCAUUGUGAAAUGUUUUGAAACAGACAAUACAAUAUUUUUUUCGUAUUGGACAAGUCUAGGUAGUCCCUCCCUGUUUCUGUCUCUUUUCUUCCCUUUGGUGCCUAAUGAACAUGCUGCCAGUUCUUUGGUUUGCAUUUUUCUUAUUACAUCAACCACCCGUUAGUGAGGCGUGUUGUUGUACCAGGUCUUUUUAAGUAGGUCUAGAUCUGUGUAAUAAUACAUUUUUCUGUGUUUAUGUACAAGUCUGUUGACAGAGGCAGAUGCGGGACACACUGAGUUCAUGGAUGAAGUCUUCCAGAACGAGACUCGCUUCCCUGGGGGAGAGUGGAAGCCUGCUGCCGAGCCCUACACUGACGUGGUUAGGGAACACGCGCGCACACACACACACACACAAACACACACCGGUGUUCAGGUUGCUGAGGUGUUGUUGGUUGUGUUUGCAGAAUGGGGAGAAGACCCAGAACCCAGGGGAGAUAGAGUGUCCUGCAGGCUGGAGCUGGGAGGCUGAGUGGACCGUGGAUGACAACAGGGCUGUGGACGAGAAAGGUCUGCUUUCACACUGAUCUCUACAACACUGCUUGACCUUGCAGUGGAGGACUUGACUUGAAAUUGGGAUUUCUAAUGUGUCUACUACUGUAGGAAUGACUUGUAGUAUUUUCAAGCAUUGUGAAUGAAUUUAUAAUGAGUUUAUCUGAAUGCAGGCUGGGAGUAUGGAAUCACCAUCCCUCCAGAUGACAAACCCAAGUCUUGGGUGCCAGCAGAGAAGAUGUACCACGUCCACCGACGGAGGAGAGUGAUCAGGCCCAGGAAGAGAACAUCAGCUGCUGGUACAACCACUGAGGUCAGUGCACUGUGCCAAUAGGAAACUGUUUGUCUUGAGAGAUCAUAAUCAAAUGUUGUGGGUGUCUAAUAUAUUUUUACCCCCCUUUUCAGAAGCGAGACCAAGGAGACCCGGAGGGCUGGGAGUUCUCCUCUCUGAUUGGCUGGAAGUUCCACAGGAAGGAGCGUUCCGCCGACACAAUCCGACGCAGACGCUGGAGGAGGAAGAUGGCCCCCGCCGACCGCCUAGGGGCAUCCGCUAUAUUCAAACUGGAGGGGGCGCUGGUGAGCAACUGGACAACUCUGGUCCUCAGGGGCUGCAGCUUCUGUUGGUUUUCUCUCCUCCCUGGCAUGAAGACAAUGUCUUGUCCAACAGUUGUCCAUCCCUGUUGAUUCAUUCUGAGGGAUUCUUGAUUGUCUUUGCAGGGGGUUGAUACAGAUGAGAAAAGGAAAGAUGAUAAGGUUGAUGCAUCCAAGCUCUUUGUUGCCAAUACUCCCACUGUUUCCUGUUCAUUUGACAGUGAGUGCUUUAGUUUUUACAUAGUUUGCAUGGAUUUCUCUCUGUCUGUGAUACUGGCCUUAACCUUGGUUUUCUUUCUGCAGGGUCACACGUCUACCACCUCCGCAUCUAUGUUUACCAGGCCAGGAACCUUGUUGCCAUGGACAAAGGCAGCUUCUCGGGUCUGCACAUCUCCUUGUCAAAAAUCAUCUUUUGAUUUGGUGAAAGUUGACACGUGAGAUAUUAUGAAAAUGUGGACGUAUUAUCUAACACACAACAUGUUUUUAUCUCAUCCUAGAUCCGUAUGCCCAGGUGUCCUUCCUGCACAUGAGUAAAACCACAGAGACCAUGAAGGCUACUCUGAACCCCACGUGGGACCAGACCCUGAUCUUCCAUGACAUGGAGAUCUACGGGGACCCCCAGAACAUUGGCCACUAUCCCCCUGAUGUGGUGCUGGAGUUCUAUGACAAUGACCAAGUGGUGGGUGUGAUCAAAGUCCCUUCAGUCACUCCGGUUAAGAGUUAUCAAUACAGUGCCCUAUUAACUGUGAUUGUCAUCCUGGCUGUAGUUGGUUAACAUGUUGCUCUCUGCCCCAGGGGAAACAUGAGCUGCUGGGUCGGAGCGUGUGUGUCCCCCUGGUGAAACUGAACCCAGGCAUGGACCAGACCCCAAAAUUGAUGUGGUCCCCCAUCACACACAAGGGUGAACAGGCUGGGGAGGUGCUGGUGGCUGCUGAGCUCAUCCUGAAGGAUAAGGUGCAGUACCAGAAGAGGAUGUGUAGCAGUAUUGGUUAGUGGGGUAGGCCUAUAGGAAAGAGGUAAUGUAUAUCGUGUAAACGCUCUUCCUCUCUGUCUCCAGGGUAUCGGGACGGACCUCCCUCUGGUCCCUCCCAAGAGGGCGGAGAAUCUGUACAUGGUGCCUCAGGGGAUACGGCCUGUGGUGCAACUCAUGGCCAUUGAGGUAAACUACAAUACUUCAGUAAUGUCAUAACAUCCCACAGAAAUGGCAAGUUUACCUGCAAUUUCCCACUUCCCACUGUAUGUAUUUUGUUACCCAGCGCGUGUGUGUGUGUGUGUUCCAGAUUCUGGCCUGGGGGUUGCGCAACAUGAAGACCUACCAGUUGGCCACUGUGUCCUCCCCUAGCCUGGUGGUGGAGUGUGGAGGAGAGAUGGUUCAGUCUGCUGUCAUCAAGAACAUGAAGAAGAGCCCCAACUUUCCUGGAUCCGUCCUCUUCCUCAAAGUGGUAAGAGCUGCUUGCUUGGGAUCUCACAGGCAUGUGUGUUUUUCUGUUGUAAAAUGUUGACAGUGCUAAUGGGCUACACAUGUAGGCAUCCUCUCAUUCCCUCACUCAGGGGUUGAUGUCAAAGUUGUUACAUCUUUAUCCUCAGCUCCUUCCCAAAGAGGAGAUGUACACCCCUCCCAUCGUGCUGAAGGUGAUCGACCACAGGCCAUUUGGCAGGAAGCCAGUGGUUGGACAGUGUACCAUAGACACUCUGGAGGAGUUCCGCUGUGACCCCUACAUCAUCCAAAAGUCAUCCAUGUCAUCCAAAGGUAACUAUUGUCUCUAUCUGACACACUUACUUAAGACCACCCUAUGGUGAGAUUGAAAUAAUUUCCCAACAAAUAUGAGAUAUACAUAAGAAAUUGUCUCUCCUUGUCUUUGUUAGUGGCUCUGAUGGCUGCUUCUCCUCGGGACAUCAGAAUUGACAUGGAAGACAGGAGGCCUCUACUUGAAGCUCAGGUAUACUCUGGCAUUUGAAUGGGAAAUCCCUCUCAAAUUCACCAUAUUUUGUUGGACAUUACACUCUCUUAUGAGAGUUUUUAAGAUCUAUUCUAUCUAAUAAAAUAGUCCAAAUUUCACGUUGAUACAUUGACUUGCAGUUUGUACGGUAUAUCAGCAGCAGUCAACAAAAUGGCCGCCACCUACUUCUCAUCUUGUAUGUAUGGUCAUCUAUAGUUUAACUCUAUAGGCUGGACAAUGACACUGCAGGGUUGAGGGUGCCUAUCUCAAAUCUCUCCUGUGAUCCAUGUUUAUAAUAAGAGAUGAAAUGAUAGCUGCGGGAAGGAGUGAGUAUGAGCAGUCAAAAUGUGUGAUUCAUCCAAAGAAGUAAAUGAAAUGAAAUAUAAUCUAAUCAAACUUUCAACCUGUUCUUAAAGUUUGAGUUUAAUUAAUUAGAAACAUCUCUGUAUUUCCCUAUUCAGAACAACAACAAAAAAAAGAAACCAUUAUUGAAACGAUUCUUUUGACUUUGCUUUCUCACAUCUUGCUUACUCAUUCCUAUAUUCCAAUGGAUAUUACUGAUCAGGAGAACAUCUUAAAUUGUGUAUUAUAAUUGUAAGCCUUUAAAAUGACAGAACUGCAAAUGUAUACCAGUUCUAUUGUAAUCAAUGAUCAACCUUCUAGACAAUCUUAGCUUAUGCAUUGACAGUGCAUUCAAUAAAUGCUCAAUCGUGACAUGGAUCACAAUUGGGGAUCAUUUCAUCGAAUUGUAUAAUCAUUGUAUCAAAUAAAUACGCUGUUUUCCUUCACUCCACAGCAGAUCUUAUAACAUCUACCAGAUUGAUCAUGCAUGUGACACAUAUUCACAUGAUUCAUGUGACACUGAUUCAAAGAUUCACUAGCUGGCAUUCUAAUUACUUAGUUUGUCUCUGAUAUUGACUUGACACCUUGUUUACUUAUGUUUCCUUUCAUCCCAUUCUCCUUUCUUAAAAGCAUGCAGAGAAGGUAAGAUAUGUAAACUUUAUGCACAGCUCUCUAUCACAAGAAUCACACUGAUGUACAGACUUGAAUUUGAUACUAUCUUCGCUAUUUCACAUUAGGAGAAGGAGACAGUUGAUUGGUGGAGUAAAUUCUACGCUUCCAUUGGAGAUCAGGAGAAGUGCCGUCCUUACCUUGAGAAAGGAUAUGACACUUUGAAGGUGAAGUCUUGACAUCUCACACAGAAUACACCUGGCCUGCAUACAUCUGAAGUAGCUGCACUGAUUAGUUGGAAUUUAGUUUUCUUCCUAGACUCAAAUAGAAUUUUUGAUAUAAUCUCUGUUUUCAGGUAUAUGAUAACGAACUGGAAGAUAUUCCUGAAUUCAAACAACUCACCGAUUUCUGCAGCACCUUCAAACUGCAAAGAGGCAAGAAUGAAGAUGGGGAUGAUGAUGAUCCAUCUGUUGUUGGAGAAUUCAAGGUGGAACAGCAGUUUAUCACCAUUGUUUCACAAAAUCCCUACACAUACUUGUCUCAUACACAUACAUAAAAUGCCACAUUGGCUCAGUUAUACAAAUAGAUGGAACGCAUCAGUCAUAAAUCAGGCUACUGCUGCGUUCUAGUGGUAGAGUUGAUGCAUUGCUACCUGUCAGUGAUGGCUGACUAUGUUUUCAGGGCUCUUUUAAGGUGUACCCUCUAUCAGACGACCCGGGUGUUGCUCUUCCUCCUCGCCAGUUCCGUGAGCUGCCUGAAAGCGGGCCUCAGGAGUGCCUGGUCAGGAUCUAUGUGGUCAGAGGCAUCGACCUGCAGCCCAAGGAUAACAAUGGCCAGGUGAGUCCUGAUGUGACUUUGGAAUUAUGAGGUUCUAUCUGCAAAAACAUGAUUCUUAGAUAAUUGGCUUUAAAGUUCUAAACCCUCAUUGGUUUGACUUUGAAUGGUGUGAGCAAUUUUCAUCUCAUAUUCCUUUUAACUUUACAACAUGAAUUGGGGUAUUUCGAAAGUAUUCAUACCCCUUGACUUAUUCCACAUUUUGUUGUUACAGCCUGAAUUCAAAAUGGAUACAAAAUUAUAAUAAUUCUCACCCAUCUACACACAAUACCCCUUAAUGACAAAGUGAAAACAUGUUUUUAGAAAUGCAAGUUUAUUGAAAAUGAAAUUCUGAAAUAUCUCAUUUGCAUAAGUAUUCACACCCCUGAGGAAAUACAUGUUAUAAUUCCCUUUGGCAGCGAUUACAGCUGUCAGUUUUUCUGGGUAAGUCUCUAAGAGCGUUCUCUUGGUAAGCAACUCGUGUAUAUUUGGCCUUGUGUUUUAGGUGAUUGUCCUGCUGAAAGGUGAAUUCAUCUCCCAGUGUCUGUUGGAAAGCAGACUGAACCAGGUUUUCCUCUAGGAUUUUGCAUGUGCGCUACUCUGCUUCUUUUUAUUUAAUAAAAAAACUCCCUAGUCCUUGUCGAUGACAAGCAUACCCAUAACAUGAUGCAACCACCACCAUGCUUGAAAAUAUGAAGAGUGGUACUCAGUGAGUGUUUUAUUGGAUUUGCUCCAAACAUAACGCUUUGUAUUCAAGACAUAAAGUUAAUUUAUUUGCCACAUUUAAAGUUUUACUUUAUUGCAAACAGGAUGCAUGUUCUGGAGAAGAAAAAAAAUUCUGUACAGGCUUCCUUCUUUUCAAAGUCAUUUUUGGUUGGUAUCUUGGAGUAACUACAAUGUUGUUGAUCCACCCUCAGUUUUCUCCUAUCACAGCCAUUAAAUUAUGUAACUGUUUUAAAGUCACCAUUGGCCUCAUUAUGAAAUCCCUGUGUGGUUUCCAUCCUCUCCGGCAACUGAGUUAGGAAGGACGUCUAUCUUUGUAUUGACUGGGUGUAUUGAUACACCAUCCAAAGUGUAAUUCAUAACUUCACCAUGCUCAAAGGGAUAUUAAAUGUCUGCUUUUUUUACCCAUCCACCAAUAGGUGCCCUUCUUUGCGAGGCAUUGGAAAACCUCCCUGGUCUUUGUGGUUAAAUCUGUAUUUGAAAUUCACUGCUCGACUGAGGGACCUUACAGAUAAUUGUGUGUGUGUACAGUACCAGUCAAAAGUUUGGACACACCUACUCAUUCAAGGGUUUUUCUUUAUUUUUACUAUUUUCUACAUUGUACAAUAGCAGUGAAGACAUCAAAACUAUGAAAUAACACAUAUGGAAUCAUCUAGUAACCAAAAAAAGUGUUAAAAAAAUCUAAAUAUAUUUUAUAUUUGAGUUUCUUCAAAGUAACCAUCUUUGCCUUGAUGACAGCUUUGCACACUCUUGGCAUUCUCUCAACCAGCUUCAUGAGGGAGUCACCUGGAAUGCAUUUCAAUUAACAGCUGUGCCUUCUUAAAAGUUUAUUUGUGGAAUUUAUUUCCUUAAUACGUUUGAGCCAAUCAGUUGUGUUGUGACAAGGUAGGGGUUGGUAUACAGAAGAUAGUCCAUAUUAUGGCAAGAACAGCUCAAAUAAGCAAAGAGAGAAACGACAGUCCAUCAUUAUUUUAAGACAUGAAGGUCAGUCAAUACGGACAGUUUCAAGAACUUUGAACGUUUCUUCAAGUGCAGUCGCAAAAACCAUCAAGCGCUAUGAUGAGACUGGCUCUCAUGAGGACCGCCACAGGAAUGGAAGACCCAUAGUUACCUCUGCUGCAGAGGACAAGUUCAUUAGAGUUACCAGCCUCAGAAAUUGCAGCCCAAAUAAAUGCUUCACAGAGUUCAAGUAACAGACACAUCUCAACAUCAACUGUUCAGAGGAGACUGUGUGAAUCAGGCCUUCAUGGUCGAAUUGCUGCAAAGAAACCACUACUAAAGGACACCAAUAAGAAGAAGAGACAUGCUUGGGCCAAGAAACACGAGCAAUGGACAUUAUACCAGUGGAAAUUUGUCCUUUGGUCUAGAGUCCAAAUUUGAGAUUUUUGGUUCCAACCGCCGUGUCUUUGUGAGACGCAGUGUAGGUGAAUGGAUGAUCUCCGCAUGUGUAGUACCCACCGUGAAGCAUGAAGGAGGAGGUGUUAUGGUGUGGGGGUGCUUUGCUGGUGACCCUAUCAGUGAUUUAUUUACAAUUCAAGGCACAAUUAACCAGCAUGGCUACCACAGCAUUCUGCAGCGAUAUGCCAUCCCAUCUGGUUUGGGCUUAGUGGGACUAUCAUUUGUUAUUCAACAGGACAAUGACCCAAAACACACCUCCCAGGCUGUGUAAGGGCUAUUUUACCAAGAAGGAGAGUGAUGGAGUGCUGCAUCAGAUGACCUGGCCUCCACAAUCACCCGACCUCAACCCAAUUGAGAUGGUUUGGGAUGAGUCGGACCGCAGAGUGAAGGAAAAGCAGUCAACAAGUGCUCAGCAUAUGUGGGAACUCCUUCAAGACUGUUGGAAAAGCAUUCCUCAUGAAGCUGGUUGAGAGAAUGCCAAGAGUGUGCAAAGCUGUCGUCAAGGCAAAGGGUGGCUACUUUGAAGAAUCUCAAAUAUAAAAUAUAUUUUGAUUUGUUUAACACUUUUUUUGGUUACUACAUGAUUCCAUAUGUGUUAUUUCAUAGUGUUGAUGUCUUCACUGCUAUUGUACAAUGUAGAAAAUAGUAAAAAAUAAAGAAAAACCCUUGAAUGAGUAGGUGUGUCCAAACUUUUUACUGGUACUGUAUAUGUGUAUAUAGUUAUUAUUGCACACAGUGAGUCCAUGCAACUUGUGACUUGUUAAUUAAGCAAGUAUUUACUCCUUAACUUAUUUAGGCUUGCCAUAACAAAGGGGUUGAAAACUUACUGACUCAAGACAUUUUAGCAUUUGUAAAAAAUGUCUAAAAGCAUACCAUUUUGACAUUAUGGGGUAUUGUGUGUAGGCCAGAGACACCAUUCAGGCAGUAACACAACAAAAUGUGGAAAAGGUCAAGGGAUGUGAAUACUUUCUGAUGGCACUGUAGGUCUUGAACAUUGUACAUCCAUAACUGUUUUUCCCAAAAUGCAGAUAUAAUCUUAGAAUUCUAAGCCCUCGCAUUGUCCAUUGCGUGUUGCUGCCCUCUUCAAUCUUACGCUUACUACCUUGAAUCUCUUUUAAUGUUGCAACAUGUUAACAUGUUUGUUUUCUCAAUUUGCCUUUCCUUUACAGUGUGAUCCUUAUAUAAAGAUUGCCCUGGGGAAGAAGUCAAUUGAGGACCGAGAUAACUACUUACCAAAUACCACCAACCCUGUGUUUGGAAGGUGAAAUCACACAUUCGUUUAAGUUUACUUACCCUCAAGAUCUUGUAAUGGAUAAUAUUGUACAUUACACUUAUACUACAUCUCCCUUUUUGCAGAAUGUUUGAGAUGACAUGUUUCCUGCCUCAAGACAAAGACCUGAAGAUCUCUGUGUAUGACUAUGAUCUGCUGAGUCGCGAUGAGAAAGUGGGAGAGACUGUGAUUGACCUGGAGAACCGUUUCUUGUCACGCUUCGGCUCCUACUGUGGCCUACCUCAGACAUACUGCAUGUGAGGAUACUUUUUCCUACUGUAAAUCUUAAUGUGAUAGUUCACUACAAAAAAGUAAGUUUUUCAGACCUCGAAUUUGGUGUGGAGUUGAGUGAUUGUCCCAUGCCAUCUGUUGUGUAGAUCCAGAUAUAUCAUAUUUAACAAAUUCAUAAGAACAAAUUCUUAUUUACAAUGAUGGCCUGGCAAAAGGCAAAGGUGUUCUGCCAGUCAUUAUGGAGGACUGAUUGGUUGUGUUGAUCUCCCUUUAUCAGCUCUGGAAUCAACCAAUGGCGCGACCAGCUGAAGCCCUCUCAGAUCCUUCAGAACCUGGCCCGCCUCAAAGGCGUCCCUCCACCCAGGACAGAAGACAACGGCAACACACUGUCAUUCAAUGGGAAACAGUACACCCUGGCUCAAUUUGGUAAUUCAUAACCAGGUUUUUUAUGGCAUUUUCAAAACAUUUAACAUUCAUUUUAGGGACCUGAGGACAAGAUUAUGUUUUGUGUGACAUGAAUAGUGCCUUUUUAUGUGACAUGAGGCAACUUUUACCAUCUACAUUUAGAGGCCAACAACAAGAUCCACCAGCACUUGGGCCCUGCCAACGAACGGCUCCCUCUGCAUGUGCUCAGAACUCAGGGACUGGUGCCAGAGCAUGUGGAGACCAGGACACUGUUCAGCAGCUUCCAGCCCCAACUCUCUCAGGUCACUGGUCAUGUUGUCUUCCUCUUUAUCUUCAAUAUUUCUACCUUCCUAUGCUUCCAUGUAUCUGAGAUGAACUGUAUUUUUACUCACUGUGUAGGGACGCCUUCAAAUGUGGGUGGAUGUUUUCCCCAAAAGCAUGGGCCUUCCCGGACCACCCUUUGACAUUGCACCACGCAAGGCCAAAAAGUAAGGAGAAUCGUUUCUCAAUUUGGUAUUUGAAAAUAAUCUUGUCUAUAACCGUCUAUUAAUUAAUACCAUGUAUCCAUUUAGGUAUUUCCUUCGAGCUGUUGUUUGGAACACCGCUGAUGUCAUUCUGGAUGAAACCAGCAUCACUGGGGAGCACAUGAGUGAUGUCUAUGUCAAAGGGUAUCAAUCAAUCAAUCAAAUCUAGACUAACAGUGAAAUACUUACUGACCAAAAAUGCAGAGAGAGAAAUUAUAGAAAAAUAAUAACACAAUAAAUGCACAAUGAGUAACGAUACCUUGGCUAUAUACCCGGGGUACCAGUACAGAGUCGAUGUGCAGGGGUACGAGGUAAUUGAGGUGACUUGGGUGGCUGAACGCGGACAAUUUCUAGGCCCUUCCUCUGACACCACCUGGUAUAGAGGUCCUGGAUGGCAGGGAGCUCGGCCCCAGUGAUGUACUGGGCCGUACACACUACCCUCUGUAGUGCCUUGCGGUCGAAUGCCAAGCAGUUGCCAUACCAAGCUGUGAUGCAGCCUGUCAAGAUACUCUCAAUAAUGCAGCUGUAUAACUUUUUGAGGAUCUGAGGGUCCAUGCCAAAUCUUUUCAGCCUCCUGAAGGGGAAGAGGCGUUGUCGUGCCUUCUUCACAACUGUGUUGGUGAGUGUGGACCAUGUUAAUUCCUUAGUGAUGUGGACACCGAGGAACUUGAAGCUCUCGACCCACUCCACUACAGCCCUGUCGAUGUGAAUAGGGGGGUGUGCUCGGGCCUCAGUUUCCUGUAGUCCUCGAUCAGCUCCUUUUGUAUUGCUCACGUUGAGGGAAAGGUUGUUGUCCUGGCACCACAAUGCCAGGUCACUGAUCUCCUCCCUAUAGGCUGGCUCAUCGUCAUUGGUGAUCAGGCCAACACGGUCGUGUCGUCAGCAAACCUAAUGAUGGUGUUUGAGUCGUGCGCUGCCACGCAGUCGUGGGUGAACAGGGAGUACAGGAGGGGACUAAGCACGCACCCCUGAGGGGGGCCCCCGUGUUGAGGGUCAACGUGGCAGAUGUGUUGUUGCCUACUCUCACCACCUGGGGGAGGUCCGUCAGGAAGUCCAGGAUCUAGUUGCAGAGGGAGAUGUUCAGUCCCAGGGUCCUGAGCUUAGUGAUGAGCUUGGAGGGCACUGUGGUGUUGAAUGCUGAGCUGUAGUAAAUGAACAGCAUUCUCACAUAGGUGUAUCCAGAUGGGAGAGGGCAGUGUGGAGUGCAAUAGAGAUUGCGUCAUCUGUGGAUCUGUUGGGGCAGUAUGCGAAUUGGAGUGGGUCCAGGGUUUCUGGGAUGAUGUUGUUGAUGUGAGCCAUGACCAGCCUUUCAAAGCAUGUCAUGGCUACAGAUGUGAGUGCUUCGGGGCGAUAGUCAUUUAGACCAGUUACCUUGACGUUCUUGGGCACAGGGACCAUGGUGGUCUGCUUGUAACAUGUAGGUAUUACAGACUGGGUCAGGGAGAGGUUGGAAAUGUCAGUGAAGACACUUGCCAGCUGGUCAGUAUGCAUCCUGGUAAUCCGUCUUGCCCCGUGGCCUUGUGAAUGUUAAGCUGUUUAAAGGUCUUACUCACAUCGGCUACGAAGUGCGAGAUCACACAGUCGUCCAGAACAACUGGUGCUCUCAUGCAUGGUUCAGUGUUGCUUGCCUCGAAGUGAGCAUAGAAGGCAUUUAGCUUGUUUGUUAGGCAUGCGUCACUGGGCAGCUCGCGGCUGGGUUUCCCUUUGUAAUCUGUGAUAGUUUUCGAGCCCUGCCACAUCUGACCAGUGUCAGAGCCAGAGUAGUAGGAUUCGAUCUUAGUCCUGUAUUGACGCUUUGCCUGUUUGAUGGCUCGUCGGAGUUCGUAGCUGGAUUUCUUAUAAGUGUCCGGAUUAGUGUCCCGCUCCUUGAAAGCGGCAGCUGUAGCCUUCAGCUCAGUGCGGAUGUUGCCUGUAACCAAUGUUUUCUGGUUGGGAAAUAUACGCACGGUCACGGUAGGUAUGAUGUCAUCGAUGCACUUAUUAAUGAAGCCAGUGACUGUGGUAAACUUCUCAAUAUUAUCGGAUGAAUUCCGGAACAUAUUUCAGUCUGUGCUAGCGAAACAGUGCUGUAGUUUAGCAUCUGCUUCAUCGGACCACUUCCAUAUUGAGCACGUCACUGGUACGGCCUGUUUUGAGUUUUUGCUUGUAAGCAGGAAUCAGGAGGAUAGAGUUCAGUGUUGAAUAAUGUUUUAAGAAAUGUUAUCUAUUGAAAAUAUAUUAGGAUCUAGCUAUUACCAUGGCAGCCAUACAUAUAACACACUUGUGGUUUGUUCAAACGCAUUACAAACUAUAUUAUUUAACCAGUCAGUUUGUCUUUCCAGCUGGAUGCCAGGUAUGGAGGAGGACAAGCAGAAGACUGAUGUCCACUACAGGUCUCUGGAUGGAGAUGGCAGCUUCAACUGGAGGUUCAUCUUCGGCUUUGAAUACCUGCCCGCUGAACAGCUAUGUCUGGUCUCCAAGAAGGUGUGUUGAGUCUUGACAAAAAUAUUACAAACGGAAUAGUGUAGUAAGAUGAAAUGGAGGAACAUUUCAUUGGCACCAAUUUUGCCCGUCUUGCUUAUUAUCUUAAACAGGAGCACUUCUGGAGUCUAGACAAAACAGAGUUCAGGAUACCCCCCAAGUUGAUUGUUCAAAUUUGGGAUAAUGACAAGUUCUCAUUGGAUGAUUACCUGGGUGAGACACCUCUCUAGCACUAUGAAUUAACGUACAAUACUUUCUUGAUGAUGUUGCUUCAGCUGAUCAAUUUCGCUGUUAACACAUAGUUCUGUGAUGUUGUUCUGGUCAAUAUACAGGCACAGUAGAGUUGGAUCUGUGUAACCUAAACGCUCCGGCCAAGACUCCAGAGAAGUGCAGUCUGGGUAUGAUGGAGGUGAUGUUGGAUGCAGGGCCACACAAAUCAGACGGGGCCAAAUCGCUGUUCGCUCAGCAGUCUGUCAGAGGCUGGUGGCCCUGUGUCACUGAACAGGAUGGGACGAAAGUCCUUGGUGUGAGUACAGCUAAGAGGUCAUCGAUUUUAACAAUUACAAAACUAAGGGACUAUAAAUCAACCUGGUUUGAUCUUUUACUAAACCAUGUUUAGUGUCUCUAAAGUAGAUUUACUACGUUGCAAAUCACAGAGGCAUAUGUGAAACAUUGUGUGGAAUAAAUCUGAAUUAACAUCUUAUGUGUAGGGGAAGGUCGAGAUGACUCUUGAAAUUGUGGCUGAGAAAGAGGUGGAUGAGAAGCCUGCUGGGAAGGGCAGGGAUGAACCCAACAUGAACCCAAAGCUUGACUUCCCUAAGUAAGAUUUAUACUGUUCUGUGUAUAUUCACCCUUUUAUAGGCCUAUCAGAAAUGUUAACCUCCAAUACUAUAUAUAACAUAUUAAACUCUGUUUCCUCCUCUCUUCCAACAUCAACAGCCGUCCGGACACAUCCUUCUUCUGGUUCACGAACCCCUGUAAGACCAUGAAGUUCAUUGUGUGGCGCAGAUUCAAGUGGAUGUUCAUUGGACUAAUCCUACUGAUUCUAGUGCUGCUCUUCAUCGGAAUCCUGUUGUACUCUUUACCGGUAAGAACAGGCAGGAGGGGAUGGAUGGUCAAUCAGAUUGUGUUAAAUAAAAUUCCCGUUAAGGAAAUAACAAACAUUUUGAUGUUAUUAAUGCUUGCCUAAUUGCUAUUUUCCUCUCAUUCCAGAACUACAUUUCAAUGAAAAUUGUGAAGCCAUUCAAUUGAAAACUCCAGAGGAGCAGAGACCAGUCUUCCAAUGUAUUUCCAACCAAAAAGAUAAUUACUAUUUUUAUGUAUUCUAAACUGUAUUUGUGUAAUAUUUCAAAUGUAUUAAAAAACACUUUGUCCACAGAAUGCACAAUUGGUAUAUUGUUCAAACCAACUUCUGCCAGAUGUUCUCUUUUCAGAAGUUAAUCAGAAUUCCUUGAACGUUAUGCACUUUCUCACUCUUUUUAAUGGAUGUUCUGUGCUUUGUAAUGAAUAUUUUUGUGAUUAUGUACACACUGACUGUUUAAAUCUGUUAUGUAUUGUUUGGAGAACACAAAUCUUACAAAAAUGUUUUGUUUAAAGGUCAUAAUAAAUUAUCAUCAGUACGCAAAUUGCAUUGUUGGUCUUUGGUAUAUUUUUUUAUUUUACUAUUCUUAGUUCAGGUGAAAACCCAUAUCAUUGGUAAGGAUCAUACAGUCAAUGGUAAGGAUAGGCCUACAGGUAGGGAUGCAGCAGGUUAGGUAUAGCCUCCUGUUGCCCUAACUCCAGCCAAGCUUUCAAUAAAACAGCAUGUUUAGAAUGUGGAUAGAGAGACUGGAAUGUCAAUUAAAAGGAAAUCCAUUGUUUUGUAAGGUUUUUAGUUCUUUAAUCUUGGGUUUCCAUCUAUAAAAUGUCAUCAAAUAAUAGUUAAUUAUUGCCACCCAAAACAAAAUCUUGCCAUUUUCCAAUAAACGGAACUACAGAUGAAUAGGGAAAAAUAAUCUUAGGCUCCACUACUACAGCAAAGCCAUACCACAGAAGUACUGUCUUUGGCCAUACCCUCUGUCAGUGGCAGAGGUCGCUGUGCUCUCUCUUAAUCUACAGUAUGUGUCUCAGAAACAUGAUUGGUGUGCCUUGACGCAAUUUGUUGUCCCUUGUUAUUAUUUUCGGUGAAUUAGAACUGCAAGCAAGGUGGACUUAUAUUUGUCUUACAGUAUCACCUUUGCAGUUUAGUUUAGGCUAGUAAUGAUUUGAUACAUGAUUAAAAAUUACGAAACAGCCUCAGUUUUUGAAGUCCAAUAAAGCGGCAGUACAAAGUGUACAGUGAGAGCACACUGUGAUCAAAUCUACACGUGAACAUAGACGGGAAGGACAACUCACAAAAUCAUAGGAUGUCACUGCAAUAACAUACUUUUAGGUAAAUUGAUUGUGAUGUGGUUUUACUGCAUUGAUGUAGUUAUGUUACAAACUAAAUGUUUCUUACUAGAACUCACGACGCUAUGAAUGUCUUUGCAGGCUCUGCUCCAUUGGAACCAGAGCAUGUGAGCGGAGUUGAGGCGGUUGGAAAUCUCGUACGCUCCAUUUCAUUUCCUACUGCUCUGCUAAAAACUGCUCAGGGCUCACAGGAAAAAAAUAACUGCUGCUCCAAAUUCGCUCCAUUCCUUAAAAUCACUAUUUAACCAACACCCAUCUAUUUUUGUGACUACCUGGACCUACCAAUUGGUUUUUAGGGUUUUUAAGUAUUGAAACCAAACCUUAUGGAUUUGAAUGAAAAGUAUUUGAAUACACAUGAAAAGGUGAAUGUAAGAAGUGGAAUGAUUUAUAUAGCAACAUAAACUUACUUGUAGUAUGCACUUCAUGGGAAUAUGUUUGUUCCUCUCAGAUGUAGAAGGAAUUCUGGAAAAGCUUGGAGAGGACAAGGAGAUGGUCAAAGAAUCCAUUCUCAUCAACUGCACUGAACAGAACAAAGCACAGUUCUCCUUUGAUGUUGAUAAGAGAAUGUCAAUACAUGUAAUAAAUUACUUAAUGGCAUCACAGUUCGUACAGUAAAUUCCCGUUUGGAAUAAUAAUCUCAUUCUCCACUUACAUUGUCCUCUGUGUCUCUUGGGUCAGAGGACAGGUUGACUGACGGUCUCUCUGUGUUAUUGUAGGGUCUAUAGAGCAGGCUGAUGUGGAGGAACCUUCAUAGACCUGAGGAAAACCUUCCUACUGAGAGGGCCUGAGGCAUCGCUUGUAGCCAUAGUGGGUAUUUGAGUCAAGUCGCUCCAAUCUAGUGUUGUACUGUAUUUCUAGUAUUGUACUGUACCGUGUGUGUCUCUCUGUGUGUUUGCUCUUAUACCUGGGUGUGUGUUUUGAUCGUUAGGGGCUUCUGCAGCUCCACUGGGCUGCCCACCCAUAGGAACCAGUCUGGCAGUCAGUGUGUGUGUCACAGCAGUGGGAUCGCUUAUUACCCCAUGUUCAAUGAGCUAUUUAAGAGCUCUCAUAACACAAUGGGAAAACGUCACACUUCCGCGUUGUCGUGCUGCUUGUUGCGACUUGGCUACCUUCCAAACUUUUUGUUAUUUACUUUUAAUAACUGUUUAAUCAAAACUCUGCAUUUAACACAUUUACCAACGUCUUAGUUUUUUUCCUCGCUCAACUUUUCUCAUUCAACUUUUUCACCCCGGAUGCUUUAGUACCUGGAUACCAACAACCGAGCCAGGCUACCAAACGCUCUCUAUAGAACUACUAAAGGAAAGUCCUUACUUCCAGUGUGUGAGUGUGACUCCAACUGUUGGCCAGUACAUGCUGUAAUUGUAUGUUUUGUAUCCCCCACGACCAGUGGCGGCUCCUGAAAAAAUUCUCAGGGGGGGCAAUGUUUCUGAUGAUUUAGGUGACCUACACACAUUUAAAAAAAGAUAUGUCCAGCAACAACAUGAAGACAGGGGCAGCAUAUAAGUCAAUACCAGAAGCAUUUAUUGACUGAUCUCAAAAGUGUUGGCUUACAAAAGCAAAAUAAGUUAUCACAGUAAAAAUAAUCAAGGGUGUUCUUUCACAUUCCUCAACACUGCAUAAACAAUAUGCAUUUCCAUAAAACACCUCAUCUAAUUGUGCCACAAAGUUGACAAGUCCAAGAAAAAUACCAGGGUUGGUGGAGCCCUCAGUUUCAUCUUUGCCUCGCAAAGCUAACUCAAACACUCCGCAAAACUUCACACACUGGAUUAGCCGGCUGAGGAUGUGGCGGUUCUUGCUAACCUCAUCGUUGUGGCGGCGGACAGCUAGCCUGUAUCCCUCAUCCAGUUGAGUGGCAAUGUUCACUCUCCCCAAAGCAGACAAUCUCAAACAGCUAUCCAUGUGGGUCUUUGACAGCUCAUGUUUCUUAAUCUUUUCUGAAAGAUGGUGCAGAUCCGUUACACCAGUCGCUGUCCAAGCGGUGCUGUCUGCCGUGCCGCCUUCAGGGUGAAAGAGUAAGCAGGGGUAGCAGAAGACUGCAUUAGCUACAUCGCAGCCUGCUAGCCAGGUUUUUCAUUCGUACCAAUUUUUGGAAAAUCCUCGGGUGUAGGACUUUCCCCCUUUAGUAGAAACCUGUUUAAUUAUUAAAUUUGGUCUGGGAGGUCCUAAUUGUUUCGUUGCCAAUUUAUCUUGAUUUGUUCGCCGACAAAAAGGAACUUCUUUCAAAGAGACAAUCGAGUUGCACUGAACGCUAGCCAUCUUGACAGUAGUACGUGAAUUGAUUGACGCUGCUACCCGCUCUUUUCUUAGUUACGUUCAUGGUUAUGUUACGUAUGACGAAAGCGCGUAAGUGCAAGCCCUCCCGGAACCCAUAGAGAUUGUAUUGAAAGCUCUGAUAUUUGAAAAAAAAAGAUUUUACAUGAGAGUCUAUGAGAGACUUCUGGGGCGAUUUUCAACCUGACUGAAAUCGCCCCAAAAGGGGCGGGGCCAUUUGAAGCAUGACUUUAGCCUGAUUGGACAUUUAGUGGCAGAUCAGACGUCUAGAUUAGAACACUGAUAACUACUGUUGCCGUGAUAUAAUUGAUUAGAAAAAAAAUCCCUUCCUUUUCCCGUUUGGCAGUGCGUCGCCCAUAUCGCCCUAAUGAACACACCGCCCCUGCCCACGACUACAGACACUGGGGACACGCCCGACACAGCUCUUAGAGGCUACACCAAAUGCUAACACGCAGACGGGCCGGUGCGUAGCAAGGAACAGCCGGUGUAUAAUCUGCAACAUGUUCGUAGUUGUCACGGGGAAAGGUCCGAUGGAUACCUUCAUUUGUGAAAUAUUUAUUGAACUUGAUGCAGCUAAAGAAAGGAUUGUUACUCUUCAUGAAGAAAUUUAACAUUUGACCAAGCGCCUUGAACAGAAUAAGGAUUCUGGAUCAUGAGACUAUCGGCAUCUUUAAAUGCUUCCUAUCAAAACAUCAACGAGGAUCAUAAUGGGACCUUCCUGGACUAUGAUCAAUUUCAGCCACUGCACCCCUCUACUAGCUUGAACCAGAAAAUGGCUGCUCACUGUUCGACUCCAGGUGACCGUAAAUGGAUGCGUGUCAGAACCAGAAAGAAGGAGAAGAAUCGUUCUCGGCGCGCCUGCCUUGUUCCUCCGCGUCCGGACUUAAGACUUUCAAAUCGCUUUGAGCCCCUUUACCAGCUGUCUUCUGCCAGGGACUUGGGUGUUCCCUCCAUGGCUGUGGAUGUCCCUCCAGCUACCUCUCUCUGUCCUAGUCAAUCAACUGCCUGGGCACAGCCUGGACCACAGCGGCCCCCCUCCGCUGGGCCAUGCUCCCUGGAUCAUAGCUCUGUCCCUUUGGCUGUUGUGGCCUGCACGCAGCCGGUGUCUCAGCAGCCCUCUUCUCAGGUGAGUUCUGUGGCUCUGGCCUAGCAAUCAGCUUCGAGACACGGUAGAGGCCGGAUCAUUCCAGCUAUUGUGAUAGGGAGUUCGAUGGUGAGGCAUAUAUCUGUACCUAGGGCAAAGAUUUUUUGUUUUCCUGGGGCAAAACUUCAGGAUAUCACCAGGUUGCUUCCCGAGGCUGUGCAUCAGUCACUGGGGGCUGAUACUGUCAUGGUUCAUGUGGGGUCGAAUGACAUUAUGAAGGGCAGCUCAGAACAGCUGAAGAUGGAUUUUAAAGAACUGAUUGGGUUACUACUUUACACCAACAAUCACCCCAUAAUAUCUGUCCCUCUGCCCUCCAUAAAUCGUGGCAUUGAACGGUUCAGCAGACUUUUAGCCCUCCAUAACUGGCUACGAGACUAUUGCAGCUCUGUGGGUGUAACAUUUAUUGACAAUUUUGAUACCUUCUGGAAACAAAGCUUGUAUUAUAAGGAGGAUGGGAUCCACCCAAAUAAUUUGGGUUCCUGGAUCCUUUCACAGCUUUAUAAGGCUGCGUUGAGACAGUGACUUGUCAAUGACCAAAGCCCAGCUCAUUUAGUCCCUACCAUUGUGUCGCUGAGUUGUCAUAAUGCUUCAGCAAAUGUACAUUAUCCCAGGGGCGUUGGAAGACACAAUGUAAGUAACCUAAUUUAUGUCCCUCUUACUGCCCUGAAUGUCACUGCUGAUCCUACAGCUAUUGUAUGUAGUGAUCAUAUGCCUAUGAACCAGAGUUAUACUGUUAGCACUCAGGUGGUGUGCCCUAGCAGGAAGUCCACUGUGUGCAGCUCACCCUGCACUAACAUAACUAAGCAGAGCAUGUCUACCUCUGCUAAGCUUCCCAGUAAAGCAAGAAAAACAAUCAAGCAUCCCAGAAAAGUGCUACAAAUAGCCCACGUUAACAUAUGUAGCUAAGAAACAAGGUCCAUGAAAUCAAUAAUUUGCUAGGAACAGAUGACAUUCAUAUUCUGACAAUCUCUGAAACUCACUUAGAUAAUACCUUUGAUGAUACAGUGGUAGCAAUACAUGGUUAUAAGAUCUACAGAAAAGACAGAAAUGCCAAAGGUGGAGGUAUGGCUGUUUAUAUUCAGAACCACAUUCCUGUAAAGCUUAAAUACUGUUGAAGUAAUAUGGCUACAGGUUCAUCUGCCUCACCUAAAGCGCAUUCUGGUGGGACGCUGCUAUAGACCACCAAGUGCUAACAGUCAGUAUCUGGAUAACGUGUGAAAUGCUUGAUAAUGUACACUACCAGUCAAACGUUUGGACACACCUACUCAUUCAAGGGUUUUUCUUUAUUUUUACGGUUUUUUACAUUGUAGAAUAAUAGUGAAGACAUCAAAACUAUGAAAUAACACAUAUGGAAUCAUGUAGCAACCAAAAAAGUGUUAAACAAAUCAAAAUAUAUUUUAUAUUUGAGAUUCUUCAAAUAGCCACCCUUUGCCUUGAUGACAGCUUUGCACACUCUUGGCAUUCUCUCAACCAGCUUCACCUGGAAUGCUUUUCCAACAGUCUUGAAAGAGUUCCCACAUAUGCUGAGCACUUGUUGGCUUCUUUUCCUUCACUCUGUCAUCCGACUUAUCCCAAACCAUCUCAAUUGUGUUGAGGUCGGGGGAUUGUGGAGGCCAGGUCAUCUGAUGCAGCACUCCAUCACUCUCCUUCUUGGUAAAAUAGCCCUUACACAGCCUGGAGGUGUGUUGGGUCAUUGUCCUGUUGAAAAACAAAUGAUAGUCUCACUAUGCCCAAGCCAGAUGGGAUGGCAUAUCACAGACAGUGUCACCAGCAAAGCACCCCCACACCAUAACACCUCCUCCUCCAUGCUUUACGGUGGGAACAACACAUGCGGAGAUCAUCCGUUUCACCCACACCGUGUCUCACAAAGACACGGUAGUUGGAACCAAAUAUCUAAAAUUUGAACAAGUUUCCACCAGUCUAAUGUCCAUUGCUCGUGUUUCUUGGCCCAAGCAGGUCUCUGCUUCUUAUUGGUGUCCUUUAGUAGGGGUUUCUUUGCAGCAAAAUCGGCCAUGACGGCCUGAUUCACACAGUCCCCUCUGACUGUGUGAGGCUGGGACUAAUAUAGUGUAUAAGAGCUCAUACAAUACAUUUUGUAGCGAUUCCUAUGUUGUUGAUGUAAAUAAUAUUUGUUGGUCUGUGGUGUGUAAUGAGGAGCAGCUAGACGCUGCACUUGACACAUUUAUGAAAUUGCUUAUCCCAGUUACUAAUAAGCAUGCACCCAUUAAGAAAAUGACUGUAAAAACUGUUAAAUCCCUGUGGAUUGAUGAGGAAUUGACAAACUGUAUGGUUGAGAUGGAUGAGGCAAAAUAAAUGGCAAAUAGGUCUGGCUGUACAACCAAUUGGCAAACGUACUGCAAAUUGAGAAAUCAUGUGACUAAACUGAAUAAAAAGAAGAAGAAACUACACAAUGAAAGAAAGAUAAAUGACAUAAAGAAUGACAGUAAAAAGCUUUGGAUCACCUUAAAUGAAAUUUUGGGCAAAAAGGCAAACUCCGCUCCAUCAUUCAUUGAAUCAGAUGGCUCAUUCUGUCACACUCUGAUCUGUUUCACCUGUCUUUGUGAUUGUUUCCACCCCCCGCCAGGUGUCGCCCAUCUUCCCCAUUAUCCCCAGUGUAUUUAUACCUGUGUUCUCUGUUUGUCUGUUGCCAGUUCGUUUUGUUUCGAAAUGCCUACCAGCGUUUUUCCCCUUGCUCCUGUCUUUCUCAAGUUCCUGUUUUCUAGUUUUCCCGGUUUUGACCAUUCUGCCUGCCCUGACCCUGAGCCUGCCUGCUGUUCUGUACCUUGUCACACCACCCUGGAUUAUUGACCUCUGCCUGCCCUGACCCUGAGACUGCCUGCCGUUCUGUACCUUUUGGACUCUGAUCUGGAUUACUGACCUCUGCCUGCCCUUGACCUGUCGUUUGCCUGCCCCCUGUUUUUGUAAGAAACUUUUGUUACUUCGACACUGUCUGCAUCUGGGUCUUCUCCUGAAACGUGAUAGUAUGAACUGGCCAUGACUGACCCAGCAGACCCGGACCAGCUCUGCAACGCCAUCUCCUCUCAAGGAGCCACCAUUGGAAGGCACGAGGAGUUGCUUCGUGGUCUCAUGGAAGUGUUCCAGACCUUGGCCGAAUGUCAUGACCGAGCAUUUAACACAUUGCUGGAGCAAUUCCGCAGGUUAUCUGUUAGAUAGCCUACCAUGAAGGUAACCUCCCAGCCCCUCAGUAACCCGGCUGUUAGCAGCACCGUCUCCCCGGCCACCCCGGUUUCCCAAGAACCCUGCUUACCGUGCAGCUCAGUUGGUAGAGCAUGACGCUUGCAAUGCCAGGGUUGUGGGUUCGUUUCCCACGGGGGGCCAGUAUGAAAAUGUAUGCACUCACUAACUGUAAGUCGCUCUGGAUAAGAGCAUCUGCUAAAUGACUAAAAUGUAAAAAUACCUCCCCCGGAACGCUUUGUUGGAGAGUCGGGAACCUGUCGGGCAUUUCUUGCUCAGUGUUCGUUCAUCAUCGAGCUGCAGCCCUCCUCCUUCCCCUAGGAUCGCUCGAAGAUAGCGUACCUCAUCACACUGAUGUCCGGGAGGGCUCUCGCCUGGGCUACGGCAAUUUGGGAACAACAGUCAGCGGUAUGCUUCAGUCUGGAGGAGUUCAUGCAGGAGGUAAAGAAGGUUUUCGAUGCUCCAUUGUCCGGGAGAGAGGCUGCCCGGAAGUUACUCCAGCUUCGGCAAGAAUCCCGCAGUGUGGCAGACUAUGCAGUGGAUUUCCGCACAUUGGUAGCUGAGUGUGCCUGGAACGCGGAAGCGCUGUUCGACACGUUCCUGCACAGAGUAUCGGAGGAAGUAAAGGACGAGCUUGCAGUCCGGGAACUACCAACGGAUAUCGACUCGCUCAUUGCCUUGACCAUUCGGAUCGAUGGGUGACUACGGGAACGAAGGAAGGAGAGGAAGUCCGAUUCCACUCGCCCGCCCAAGGAUUCCACCUCGCCACCGAGGCAUCCCGGAAGUCCCCGAUGGCUCCGUUGCCGAGAGAACCCGAGGCUACCCGAGUUCCCCCGAGAGUCUCCAAAGUCUGCCGAUUCACCUCUUCCCGAGCUGAUGCAACUAGGCAGAGCUAGGCUGUCUCCAGCCGAACUGCAAUACAGGCUUCACACAAAGAGUUGCCUGUAUUGUGGGACUACUGGUCAUUUUGUGUCCACCUAAAAGACCAGGCUCACCGGUAGGAGCGAGUACUCUGGUGGGCCAUACAAUACCACCCCCAUCAACCUACGAGUAUCAGGGAACCACAGCGAGAUUAUUCAAUUUCCGUUAAUUAAGUCUCCUCAGGUUCCUUUGGUAUUGGGUUUCUCUUGGCUCCAGCGACACAACCCCUUUAUUGACUGGUCUACUGGUACCAUCAUGGGCUGGAGCCCGUUCUGCCACGCUCAUUGCCUGAAGUCAGCGCAGCCUGCCUGCGGAGUGCUGGGUUCAUCCGUCCUUCUGCCACCCCUGCCGGCGCAGGGUUCUUCUUUGUGGAGAAGAAGGACAAAACCCUGCGCCCGUGCAUCGACGACAUCACAGUGAAGAACCGCUACCCGCUACCACUCAUCUCCUCGGCCUUCGAGCCGCUCCAGGGGGCCAAUGUGUUCUCCAAGCUGGACCUACGGAACGCCUACCACCUGGUGCGGAUUCGGGAGGGGGACUAGUGGAAGACUGCCUUCAACACGGCCAGUGGUCACGUCAAGUAUCUGGUCAUGCCAUUUGGCCUUACCAGUGCUCCAGCUGUGUUCCAGGCCCUGGUUAAUGAUGUUCUCCCCGACAUGUUGAACCGGUUCGUCUUCGUCUACCUCGACGACAUCCUCGUGUUCUCCCACUCCACCCAAGAACACGUGAUCCAUGUCCGACAGGUCCUCCAACGCCUCCUGAGAAAACCAGCUUUUUGUGAAAGCGUAGAAAUGCGAAUUCCAUCGCUCCACCAUCCCCUUCCUGGGCUACAUCAUCACUGCAGGGAGUGUACAGAUGGAUCCCGGGAAGGUGAGAGCGGUGGUGGAUUGGCCCCAGCCUACGUCCAGAGUGCAGCUGCAUCGUUUCCUGGGAUUCGCCAACUUUCAUCACCGCUUUAUCCGGGGUUACAGCACACUGGCUUCCCCCUUGUCUGCACUCACCUCUCCCAAGGUUCCGUUCACAUGGUCCCCAGCUGCUUACUGGGCGUUCCGGGACCUCAAACACUUUCAGUUUCACUACUGCUCCAAUCUUGGUUCAUCCUGACCCGUCCCGCCAGUUCAUGGUGGAGGCCGAUGCUUUGGAUAUCAGAGUGGGGGCAGACCUGUACCAGCGUUUGGCCCUGGACCUCAAGUUACAUCCCUGCGCCUUCUUCUCCCAUCGCCUCAACACCACGUAGAGGAAUUACGAUGUGGGGAAUCGUGAGCUUCUCACGGUGAAGAUGGCGUUGGAGGAGUGGAGGAACUGGCUGGAGGGGGCAGAACAUCCGUUUAUUGUGUGGACAGACCACAAGAACUUGGAAUAUCUCCGCACCGCCAAGCGUCUCAAUUCCAGUCAAGCUAGGUGGGCCCUGCUUUUCACCCGGUUCAACUUCUCCCUCUCAUACCGAGAAUGUCAAGCCAGAUGCACUGUCAUGCCGCUAUAGCCCCGCAGCUACACCCCCGGAAUCCGAGACCAUCCUUCCCACCUCGUGCUUGGCGAUGGCACUCAGGGAAUAGGGAAGCAGGUCCGGGAGGCGCAGCAUUCCCAGCCGAACCCCGGGGAGGCCCAGAUAGCCGGAUGUUUGUUCCUGAUGCUGUCCGCUCCUCGGUCCUGGAGUGGGCCCACUCCUCCUGGCUUGCCUGCCACCCGGGCUCCCGCCGUCCCUGGCCUUUGUGCGACAACGCUUUUGGUGGCCUACCAUGAUUCCUGACGUCUCCGCGUUCGUCGCCGCCUGCACGAUCUGUGCGCAGAACAAGGUUCCCCGGCAAGCUCCGGCUGGUCACCUCCAACCUCUGCCUGUUCCUCACUGUCCCUGGUCUCACAUAUCCCUGGACCUUGUCAUGGGUCUUACCCUGUCUGAUGGCAACACCGCCAUCCUGACAGUUGUGGACCAGUUUUCCAAAGCCGCCCACUUCAUUCCUCUCCCCAAGCUACCCUCUGUCAAAGAGACGGCCCAGCUCAUGGUGCAGCAUGUCUUCCGGAUCCAUGGACUCCCAGUGGACAUGGUCUCCGACCGGGGUCCUCAGUUCUCGUCCCGGUUCUGGAAGGCGUUCUGCACACUCAUUGGGUCGUCGGUCAGCCUGUACUCUGGUUUCCACCCUCAGUCCAAUGACUAGUCGGAGCGAGCCAACCAAGACCUGGAGACGACUCUGCGCUGCCUGGUCUCCGCCAACCCCACCACCUGGAGCCAGCAACUAGUGUGGGUCGAAUAGGCCCGCAACACCCUUCCCUGCUCUGCCAUGGGUCUUUCCCCCAAGAUCUGUGUGGGCAGCCCGCAAACUGUCCCCCCGGUUUAUCGUCCCUUUCCCCAUCUCCAAGAUCAUUAGCCCCUCUGCUUUUCCUCUUCUGUUGCCCCGUUCCCUCUGUAUACAUCCCACUUUUCAUAUGUCUAGGAUCAAACCCAUGUCUCACAGCCCUUUGGCCCUCAGGCCUGGAGGGAAGCAAAAGUUAUUCCCCUACCUAAGGAUAGUAAAUCCCCCUUUACUGGCUCAAAUAGCCAACCAAUCAGCCUGUUACCAACCCUUAGUAAACUUUUGGAAAAAAUUGUGUUUUACCAGAUACAAUGCUAUUUUGCUGUAAACAAAUUGACAACAGCCUUUCAGCACGCUUAUAGGGAAGGACAUUCAACAUGCAAGGCACUUACACAAACUUCUAAUGAUUGGCUGAGAGAAAUUGAUGAUAAAAAGAUUGUGGGAGCUGUUUUGCUAGACUUCAGUGCGGCUCUUGACAUUAUUGAUCAUAGUCUGCUGCUGGAAAAAUGUAUGUGUUAUGGCUUUACACCCCCUGCUAUAUUGUGGAUAAAGAGUUAACUGUCUAAAAGAACAAACAGGGUGUUCUUUAAUGGAAGCCUCUCCAACAUAAUCAGGAAUUCCCCAGGGCAGCUGUCUAGGCCCCUUACUUUUUUCAAUCUUUACUAAUGACAUGCCACUGGCUUUGAGUAAAGCCAGUGUGUGUGUAUGUAUGCGGAUGACUCAACACUAUACACGUCAGCUACCACAGCGACUGAAAUGACUGCAACACUUAACAAAGAGCUGCAGUUAGUUUCAGAAUGGGUGGCAAGGAAUAAGUUAGUCCUAAAUAUUAAAAAAAAACUAAAAGCAUUGUAUUUGGGACAAAUCAUUCACUAAACCCUAAAUCUCAACUAAAUCUUGUAAUGAAUAAUGUGGUAAUUGAGCAAGUUGAGGAGACUAAACUGCUUGGAGUAACCCUGGAUUGUAAACUGUCAUGGUCAAAACAUAUUGAUACAACAGUAGCGAGGAUGGGGUGAAGUCUGUCCAUAAUAAAGCGCUGCUCCGCAUUCUUAACAGCACUAUCAACAAGGCAGGUCCUACAGGCCCUAGUUUUGUCGCACCUGGACUACUGUUCAGUCGUGUGGACAGGUGCCACAAAGAGGGACUUAGGAAAAUUGCAAUUGGCUCAGAACAGGGCAGCAUGGUUGGCCUUUGGAUGUACACAGAGCGCUAACAUUAAUAAUAUGUAUGUCAAUCUCUCCUGGCUCAAAGUGGAGGAGAGAUUGACUUCAUCACUACUUGUAUUUGUGAGAAGUAUUAACAUGUUGAAUGCACCGAGCUGUCUGUUUGAACUACUGGCACACAGCUUGGACACACAUGCAUACCCCACAAGACGUGCCACCAGAGGUCUCUUCACAGUCCCCAAGUCCAGAACAGACUAUGGGAGGCGCACAGUACUACAUAGAGCCAUGACUACAUGGAACUCUAUUCCACAUCAAGUAACUGAUGCAAGCAGUAAAAUGUGAUUUAAAAAACAGAUAAAAAUACACCUUAUGGAACAGUGGGGACUGUGAAGCAACACAAACAUAGGCAGAGACACGUGCAUACAAACACACGAUAACAUACACACUAUACACACACGUACACAUGGAUUUUGAAUGUUUGUGGUAGUAGAGUAGGGGCCUGAGGGCACACACUUAAUAUGUUGUGAAAUCUGUUGUGAAUGUAUUGUAAUGAUUAAAAUGUUUUAUAACUGCCUUAAUUUUGCAAGGCAGCAGCUAAUGGGGAUCCAUAAUAAAUACAAUACAAUGGGCUUUGGUCAUGAAAUACUGUAGUUAGUACAUUCCCCAAGCUGAGAGAAAAGUAAUUCUGUAGUCUAUUUGGUUUUCUUUUACAGAUGUCUCCGGUGGUGAUCGUACUAGUGUCUGAUGGGAAAAGGUGUUUGCUGGGGAGGCAGUCCUCCUUCCCACAGGGGAUGUACAGUGCAUUGGCAGGCUUCUGUGACAUGGGUGAGUCUCACAUGCCGCACAUUUCAAACCAAUGAGGCAUGUGUAUUGACUAUUUAUAACAUGUCCAUUACAUAGGCUAUAUCCAGUUAUUACAAAUAUGCUUCCCAGGUGUAAACAGCAUGAGAGAUGUAACUUACUUAUCCAUAACUGUACACGUUAAGACUAUUCUAUUACUGUUCCUGAAUGUGUUUCCCUCAACAGGUGAGCCCAUGGAUGAGACACUCCGCAAGGAGAUAGCUGAGGAGGUGGGGUUGGAGUCUAUCCACCUCUUUAAGGAAUACCUGGGAUAGGAUAAAGUAAUCCUUCUACCCCCCCCCCCCCCCCCCCCCCCCAAAAAAAAAUUGUAAAGUGGUUAUCCCACUGGCUAUAGGGUGAAUGCACCAAUUUGUGAGUCGCUCUGGAUAAGAGCGUCUGCUAAAUGACGUAAAUGUGCCCUUGAGCAAGGCACUUAACCCUAAUUGCUCCUGUAAGUCGCUCUGGAUAAGAGCGUCUGCUAAAUGACUAAAAUGUAAAUGUAAAUGUACUCAGGCUCUCCGCACUGGCCCUUCACACAGAGCGCCUUCAUGAUGGCCUGUCACGCCACCAUCAACCCAGAAAAGACACAGGUCAGUCAGUGGCUGCCUCUCUAUCCUAACCCUCUUUGUGUUUUAAUACAUUCAUGUUGCUUGAGUGUGAGCAAGACAUCUAGACAAAGCCUUAUCCACAGGGCAGGACUAAUUUAAAUCUGGGGUCGUGGGCAAUAAAAAAAUGUUGGCCUGUUUCUGGGCGGUCGAGAUAACAUUUUGCAGUUCUACAGAUAAUUUCCUGCAAUUCUACACAUUUCGCCAUGGUUGUACAUUUUGUGUCCAAGAACUGCCAGAUCCCUACAUUUGUUUUGUCAAAUUGUUUUUUGUUCAUUUCAUUUUUAAAGCUAAUUUGAGAUUCUACUUUUAAUGAAAAUCGCUAUAUAAAUCUUGUAUUAUUUAUUAUUAUGAAAUUAAAAUGUUCCUAUGUCAAUACACAGUGUAUAUUGAAACAGGAUAUUAUAAGUUGAAAACGGAAUUAACUGUAUGUAGCUGAUCUGAACUGCUUUGCCUAACAGGUCAGUGUGGAUAAGGUGGAGGACGCACAAUGGUUCAGCCUUCAUGAAGUCCAAGAGGCUCUGAAGAUCAAGGAACCACCUCGGAACAACAAAAGAAAAAGGUCAGACUCUGCUCGAUGUUUUGAAGGUGGGUAAUGGUUUCAGUUACUUUGCAUCACGUUGGUUGACUAACUAACUGUCUUACCUUGAUCAUGGCCACCAGGCUGUCCUCGAUGUCCAGGCCCAUCUCUUUCUGCAUCUCUUCUGUCUCUUUAUGCUCUUUAUCGGCCUGGAAAAACAUUGACACCAAAACAUUACUAGCUUAAAUGGUGAUUUAUGCAUUUGGUGAACAUAAAGAUGUUCACAUGUAUCAGCUAGCUACUGUAUGUCAAUGAUAAGAGCAUGAGAUAAAACUAACUAAGAAUGCAUUGAGAUACAUGUAGAGUAGUAGAUUAGUUCACACACCUUGCGUUUGCAGCUGCUUUUCUUCUUAGCGGUCUCGUUGGUGAAAGCCUUGAGAGCCUGCAGCAGCUUGGAGUCGAUGGCACUCUUGUGGAUGGCUCUGAUCCGUGGCUCGUCCUCCAGGGUGGCACACAGCACCUUCUCCAUGAUCCUGUCCAUGUCGUGCUUCUCCUCCUCAUAUUUCUUGUAG